AUGGCUUCCUUGGUUCCUGGUAUUGUCCUCAAACUUCUUCAGCAUAUGAAUACUGAUGUGAAGAUCGCUGGCGAGCACCGUUCAUCCCUGCUCCAGGUCAUCAGUAUUGUCCCUGCCCUGGCGGGAGGCGAGCUCUUUCCUAAGCAGGGAUUCUACCUUAAGGUGUCUGAUUCCUCUCAUGCCACCUACGUCUCCCUGCCUGACGAGCAAGAUGAUCUCAUAUUGUGCGACAAGAUCCGACUGGGUCAGUUCAUCUACGUAGACCGCCUCGAGGCUGCAUCUCCGGUCCCCAUUCUUCGAGGCGUGAGACCGGUUCCUGGACGACAUCAAUGUAUUGGGAGCCCCGAAGAUAUUGUAGCCACCAGAUCACUCAGUUUCCUCACCCCAGAUGUGUUACAAGCGACAUCCAACGGCCACAGGAUUGACUCCGCCGACAUGGGCUCUGAAAAAGAAAAGAUCAAGUCAGAAAGAUUGAACAUUGGAGUCAAGGAGAGAGAGAAGAAGGCGGAUCAUCUCACUAGAUCGAGCUCUUCGUUAUCCCAAUGGACAGUGACAGCUGCAGUGGACAGAACCGAUUCGUUUGCCUUAAGGUCAAAGCCAGCGAGCUCCAGGUCCAUUCCUUCGUCUCCCACCAAUCUUCGUUCGACGCCAUCUCCAUUUGAGAAAUUUUCCUCUGGAUUCAAUCGACAGCCGAGGGCAUAUGGGUCAGAAAAGGCUGCUUCUCCGAGGAUAGGAUUACUGGAAAAAGCAGCUUCUAUUUUUAAACCAAGCACCAAUCCGAAGAAGCCUCCCGCUGCUAAUUUGGCGGGGACUUUGGUAAAUAAUCUUGAUUUGGAGCCUAAGGCUUCGAGAAAAAGCUGGGAUGGAAAUGCAGUGACUAAGGGGAGAGAAAAUGUAAACAUGAAAGCUUCCAAAGCCGAGAAGAAGGCUGAGGUUCGAAGUAGUUCAGUAAGUCCUCUUCUCCAAAUCUUUUCUGUUUGCUUUCGUAUAUGAACGAGCUCUCUACUUCUCAAUUUUAUAUUUAUAUAUAUUUUUUAAUUUUUAUUUCUCAUUGUACAUUAAUUAAUGAUUAUGCAUCUUACGACCGUGCUAGAACAUGAAAUGUUUGUGUUUUCUUUGUAUGAUUCCUGUCAUUGAUAAACUCUUUUUCCGAUUAAAUGCGCCAAUUUCCCUGGUUCUUCAGUCAACUGCGAAUUAAAACCAAAACCAUGACCAGAAAAAUGUUGAUAAGAUGGGCUCAAAAAAUCACAAAAGACCAAACUGAUCUCCCCUUGAAAUUAUAAUUAAAUGUAUUAUUUUUACCAAAAUGCAAUUAGGUUUCUCGUGGAACACGGAUCGAUGAGAAGUCGCUUCCCAAAGAGGAAAUCAAGAUCUGUACCAAACAGAAGACAGAAACUGACAAGGGACAUUUGGACGUACCCGACAGACGGACUCUACAGCAUUCUCCUGCUCGAAAGAAGAUUUCGGAGGUCAUUCCCAGCAGCAGGGGAUGUCCAGACGGCGCUUCAUGGGUUUCACUCCCUCCCUCCUUGUCUAAACUUGGAAAGGUAUCACUCUCAAAUGGAAACUUAUAUGUGGCUUUAGCAAAAGCUCAUUCAAUUCAAGUAACUUUUUGUUCUAGAAGUCAUCAAUUGGAAGUUUCCUUUUUGGGACAACAUGAGCUGACUUCUUCUUGGUCUUCUGUGAAAUCAGGCGGUUUCAAAGCACCGGGAUGCAGCUCAGGAGGCCGCCGUUGAGGCCAUGCAAGAAGCUUCUGCUUCCCAGAGCCUGAUCGGGUGCUUGAGGUAUAUAUAUUUCAGUCAACUUGAUCUCUUCAUUCACAACUCGGGUCGUUCUACUUUGAUCCUGUUAUGCCUUUCGUUGACUCCCAUCCUUCUUUCUCGGUUAGGAAAUUUAUUUAUUUAUUUAUUGUUCAUAAAUAUUUUUCUUACCUUUAUUGAAAAGGAAAAUUAUUAUCUUUUGGUCGAAACGAUGAGUCUCCUGUUGUUGAUCACUUUGAUUAUCUCUCUGGAUUAAAAAAAAUAAUUUGUUUUUGUUAUUGCGAAAAGAUUUCCGAUUGCUGAUCACUGUCGUUUGACAAAAUGUAUAUAUUCAGCACAUACGCGGAGCUCAUCUCUGCCGCCAGAGAGGACGACCCUCUGCCCACAGUUGACCGGUUCCUCUCUCUUCACUCCAGCAUAAGCCGGGGAGGCCUCGUCGCCCACUCCCUACUGAGGACUCUUUCCCGUGGCGGCGCCGCCGACGAGCCCGCCGCCUCGCCGUCGGAGGAGAACCUGAAGAUCUUCUCCGACCACCGCCGCUCCGCUACCUCCUGGGUCCAAGCCGCCAUCGCUGCCGGACUCGCCCCCUUCUCCUUGUACAGUAAACCAUCCGCCGCCGCCGCCGCCGCACAAGCCCCGGCUCCUCAUCCGCGCAGACUCUCCGCCGCCGCCUCAAGAUCGUCCACCCCGCGGGGAAAUCCCAUCGUCGCGCCGCCGACGCCGCAGGCGGCUAGGGGCGCCGGGGUGGGGGAGACGGCAGAGCUCUCCAGGAUCUUAGAGGAGGACUCGAGGAAGUGGUUUCUGGAAUUCGUGAACAGCUUCCUAGAUUCUGCCGCCAAGGGCGAGCCGUUGACGACUGACAGGGCGCAGCUGGCCGCCACUCUGGCGGCGCUGAAGAAGAUAAAUGACUGGCUAGACGAGGAAGAUGGCGCCGCCGUCUGGGCCCCGGAUCAACAAUUGGAGACCGUCCAGAAGCUCAGAACGAAGAUCUACGAGUACAUUCUUGGGCACGUCGAGUACGCCGCCGCCGCCCUGAGCGGCAGCUGCAACGGCGUCGGGGUGACGGCUUCCCCACGUGGGAGCGAAUGGCGUAAUCCCAAAGCACGACCGUAG